GUUCUCCUUAAUGCACCUUUGUGUCUAUUGAUACCAUUCCGUAUUAUAUAAAAGCAGCAGGGAAAAAUAAAUUAUAAAUAGAAGUCAUGGAUGUAGAUGAGUUCCGAGUUCGUGGUAAAGAGAUGGUGGAAUACAUUUGCGAUUUCAUAAAUAAUAUUCAUAAUAGAAGAGUUACUCCAGAUGUUGGUCCUGGGUAUCUUCGACCUCUUCUACCAUCUGAAGCACCUAUCGAUGGAGAACCUUGGGAGGAUAUCAUGAACGAUGUGGAGAGUAAGAUAAUGCCAGGAAUUACUCACUGGCAGCAUCCGCGUUUUCAUGCUUACUUUCCGGCCGGUAAUUCCUUUCCAUCAAUUCUUGGUGACAUGUUAUCAGAUGCCAUUGGAUGUAUUGGGUUUUCUUGGGCAGCAAGUCCAGCUUGUACAGAGUUAGAAACAAUUGUUUGUGAUUGGUUUGGAAAAGCAAUGAAUCUACCGAAAGAUUUCCUAUACUUCAGUCCUGGCAGCACUGGUGGUGGUGUUAUACAAGGUUCUGCUUCAGAAUGUGUUCUAGUAUGUAUGCUUGCAGCACGGGCACAAGCGAUUGCUCGACUUAAAGAAAAUCCAGAAUAUGCUAAAGUUGAUGAAAUAACUUUGUUGGGAAAACUAAUGGCUUACUGCAGUCGUGAAUCUCACAGUUGUGCUGAAAAGGAUGCUAUGAUAUGCUUUGUGAAGCUCAGAAUUUUAGAGCCAGAUGAAAACAGUGUUCUUAGAGGUGAAACUUUAAGACAAGCGAUUGAGGAUGAUAUUGCAAUAGGAAAGAUUCCGUUCUUUGUUUCAACAACUUUUGGGACAACUGCAUGUUGUUCCUUCGAUAAUCUUGAAGAAAUUGGUCCAGUUUGUAAAAAAUAUCCAGGAAUUUGGCUUCACGUGGAUGCUGCUUAUGCUGGUAACGCAUUUAUCUGUCCUGAGCUAAGGUAUUUAAUGGCAGGAAUCGAGUACGCAGACUCCUUCAAUACAAAUACCAAUAAAUUUCUUUUAACGAAUUUUGAUUGUUCGUGUCUUUGGGUACGAGAUCGAUUCAAACUCACGAGUGCUCUUGUUGUUGAUCCUCUAUACCUUCAACAUACACAUGCAGAUACCGCAAUUGAUUACAGACAUUGGAGCAUUCCACUUAGUAGAAGGUUUAGAUCUCUCAAACUCUGGUUUGUUAUGAGAAAUUAUGGAAUUAGUGGUCUUCAAACUUAUAUCCGGAACCAUUGUAAAUUAGCUAAAGAAUUUGAGGCACUCGUGAGAAAAGAUGACAGAUUUGAAGUUUGUAAUAAUGUUGUGUUAGGACUUGUUUGUUUUCGAGCCAAAGGGUCAGAUAAACUUAACCAGAAACUCUUAAGUGUUAUCAACGAUUCUGGAAAAAUUCACAUGGUACCUGCUAAAGUGAAUCACAAAUUUACAAUACGUUUUGCUUUAGCAGCUCCACAUGCAACAUCUGAAGAUGUUUUGAUCGCUUGGAAUAUUAUAACAGAAUUUCUAUCUGAAAUUCUCGAAUCUAAAGAAGAUGUGGACAAGCUUGCAGAUAUUAGAGAGAAAAAGAGAAAAGCAACCCUGGAACAAAGAAGAUCUUUCUUCGUUCGUAUGGUAUCUGACCCAGCUAUACAGCCAGGCUUUACUAAAACACCCAAUCGACCAGAAGCUAAAUUAGAAACUCAAGCUACAAUUGGUGGCAUUGGGUCUAAUCCUCGUACAACGAAAUCAUGGAUAUCAUGGCCUUUAGCUUAUUUAAUGUCUCGAGAAUCUACAGAUAAUACUAGUGAAGUUGCUCUUCGAUUUCGUCAUUUGGACACAAUGGUCCGGUUAAAAACAUCAUCAGGAAAUAGCAGUCGAAGAGGAAGUAGUAAUGAUUGCAGCCCAGAACCUUUUUCACCUCUUUCUUCUCCUUCUCGUGGGAGAUCACCAAAUGGUCGAGUAUAAAACAUCUAUGAAGAGAUUUACUCAAGAUUCAA